ACACUCUAUCCCUUCGCCGUCACCCCCCAUUGCAGUCUUCAUCAUGGACCGGCGCACACCUUUCACGCUGAACUUGUUCGGUGGUAGCACAGAUGGCCCCGAAGAAUCUCGCACUCAAGUCCAGGCCAGGCUGCGAGAAUUCGUCUUGGAGUUCCAGCUGGAUAAUGCGUUCAUCUAUCGUGAUCAAUUACGGCAGAAUGUUCUGGUCAAGCAAUAUUACUGCGAUAUCGAUAUCGCUCACUUGAUUUCUUACAACGAAGAGCUGGCACACAAGCUUACCACCGAACCUGCAGACAUGAUCCCCCUCUUCGAAGCGGCUCUUCAGCAAUGUACUCAGCGGAUCGUAUAUCCCUCUCAGAGGGACAUUCAACUCCCCACCCAUCAGCUCUUGCUCCACUCCUCCGCAACUCACAUCUCGAUUCGUGACCUGAAUGCGACAAAUAUCUCCCAUCUCGUUCGCAUUCCUGGUAUCGUUAUCGGUGCUUCUACGAUUUCUUCCAAGGCAACAAUUGUUCAUAUUCGUUGCAAAAAUUGCGACCACGGCGAGAAUCUGUCGGUCGAGGGAGGCUUCGCCGGUCUCUCACUUCCCAGGAGAUGUGGACGCGAGAGACAGCCCGGUGAGGGCAUCCAGGAACAAUGUCCAUUGGAUCCCUACGUUGUCUCCCAUGACAAAUGUCAGUUCGUCGAUCAGCAGGUUCUUAAGCUCCAAGAAGCACCGGAUCAGGUGCCAGUGGGAGAGCUGCCACGGCACGUCCUCAUUUCCGCGGACCGGUACCUCGCAAACCGAGUCGUACCCGGCUCUCGCUGCACUGUAAUGGGUAUUUUCUCCAUCUACCAAUCCAAGGGCGCCAAGAAAGACGGCGCUGUUGCAAUUCGCAACCCAUAUCUGCGUGCCGUUGGUAUCAGCACCGACCUCGACCACACGGUGAAGGGCAGUGCCAUUUUCUCGGAAGAGGAAGAGCAAGAAUUCUUGGAAAUCAGCCGGCGGCCGGAUCUGUACGAUGCUCUCGCUCGGAGCAUUGCGCCUUCUAUCUACGGCAACUUGGACAUCAAAAAGUCUAUUGUGUGUCUGCUCAUGGGUGGCUCGAAGAAAAUCCUUCCCGACGGCAUGAAGCUCCGUGGAGACAUCAACGUCCUGCUUCUCGGAGACCCCGGUACCGCCAAGUCCCAGCUGCUCAAGUUCACCGAAAAAGUAUCGCCGAUUGCCAUUUAUACGUCCGGUAAAGGUUCGUCAGCGGCUGGUUUGACUGCAUCCGUACAACGAGACGCAGCAACCCGCGAAUUCUACCUGGAAGGAGGUGCAAUGGUUCUGGCCGACGGGGGUGUCGUGUGUAUUGAUGAGUUCGACAAGAUGAGAGACGAAGACCGAGUCGCCAUCCACGAAGCCAUGGAGCAGCAAACCAUUUCGAUCGCCAAAGCCGGUAUCACCACGAUUCUCAACUCGAGAACGUCUGUCUUGGCCGCUGCCAACCCCAUCUUCGGUCGCUACGAUGACCUGAAGACACCCGGUGAAAACAUCGAUUUCCAGACAACGAUUCUGUCCCGUUUCGAUAUGAUCUUCAUCGUCCGUGACGACCACGAACGGGGUCGUGAUGAGAACAUCGCGCGCCACGUCAUGGGUGUCCACAUGGGUGGUCGUGGUAUUGAGGAGCAAGUCGAGGCAGAGAUUCCUGUCGACACGAUGAAACGCUACAUCAGCUACUGCCGAACUCGAUGUGCCCCUCGCCUUUCUCCCGAAGCUGCCGAAAAGCUCUCCUCGCACUUCGUCUCCAUCAGAAAACAGGUACAUCGUGCUGAGCUCGACGCCAACUCCCGUUCUUCUAUCCCCAUCACGGUCCGUCAACUGGAAGCCAUCGUCCGUAUCACCGAGUCUCUCGCCAAGUUGAGCCUGUCCCCAGUCGCUACCGAAGCCCACGUCGACGAAGCCAUCCGUCUCUUCCUGGCCUCGACCAUGGAUGCCAUCACUCAGGGUGAGGGCCAAGGAAGCAAGGAGAUGAUGGAAGAAGUCACCAGAGUUGAGGAUGAGAUGAAGCGUCGUCUUCCUAUCGGGUGGAGCACCAGUCUGGCCACUUUGCGCCGCGAGUUCGUCGACGGAAGAGGCUACAGCGAACAAGCUCUGAACCGGGCGCUCAUGGUUCUCCAGCGACGAGACACCAUACGGAUUCGCUCGGGAGGGUCGCAAGUCUACCGUCACGGAGUGUAAUCUGGUUUUUGUUUAUUGUUUACUUGAUGAUAUGACGUUCGUGCUUAGUCUUGUUCCGGAGCACGGAACAAGUGGUUUAAUCUUACGGGGACGAUUGGAUUUAUUGUUAGAUGGACUCGGGCACAGCGGGUUGAACGGUGUGAUGGCGUUCUUAUUUGGCAUUGAUGGAUAUACCACCAUACAUGAAAUGAUCACAAUAUUUCCAACCAACAUAACAGGCUUCCCAUUCCCACCAGUAUAUGAUAUGAUAUUUGUCCACCUCU